AUGAGUAAUGCAGGAUUUUAUCGGCUUGGUCUUUGUGCGGUCUUGAUAAGCAGUACAACGUUGUUUACUCUUCUGAUUUCGUUACCUGCAUUUUUGGCAAAAUUUAGUUAUGAGAAACGUGGCAUCGAGAGCAUGGCAGCAGAGUUUCAAGAACAAACAAAUCAUCUGUGGAAGCGAAUAAUCCAAGCUGGUGAUGAUUCCGGAGUUGUCUUUUUCAGUCGUAGAGUUAGAUCUCCUUGGGAGCACGGAGUUUGCAGAGGGUGCUUCCAAUUAGCCUGUCCUAAUGGCCCUACAGGCCCGCCAGGUGAGCCAGGAUUAGAUGGUGUUCCUGGUGAGCCAGGCGAUCAAGGUCCGGCUGGAGAUGAUGGUUUAGACGUUCAACUAGAGCCUGAACCAGAACUUCCAUGCGUUAUCUGCCCUGCUGGACCGCCUGGUUUAAGAGGUCACCAGGGAGAGCGUGGUCGGCCGGGAGUUCCAGGAAUCAAAGGAAAACGUGGUCCGAGCGGUGCACCCGGUAUAUAUGGACCAAUUGGGAACAGCGGACCACAAGGACCUCCGGGAGGAAGAGGAGAAAUGGGACUUGCUGGUCCUCCUGGUGAUACAACAAUAGCAGGUGUCGGUAUCAAAGGGCCAAAAGGACCUCCAGGUCCCAGCGGGCCAAAAGGUCCUACAGGACCAGCUGGAAAACCGUCGAACGUUCCUGGAAUGCCAGGAAAAACUGGUAAAAUGGGUGUCGAUGGACUUCCAGGAAAACCUGGACGUCCUGGUGAUGACGGACCGUGGGGACCACCUGGAGAACCUGGUGAACCGGCCGCAUAUUGUCCUUCUGACUGCGGUGUCUCAGAAAUUUUCGCUCCAUCCUUUAUUCAUUCUGGAAGACCUCAGAUUUUUGAUGAAUUAAAUGGUCCGACAGUAAACCUUGUGGAUGCACCUGCACACGAAAAUACAGCUUCUUCAUUCAACCAGCUUUCAAAAUUUGAAACCUCAAUAAAUUCUGGAGAUCAAUCAGUAGCAGUUUCUGAAGCGGGAAAGUACUUGAAAAAUAAACUAGCUAAACGACUUCGGAUGAGCAGAUAA